UGAGUUCUGCGUUUGGGUCCUCGUCUCCUGCCUGCACACACCGUGACAGAACUAAACAUUUCCAUCAGUGCCUUAAUAAUUUUUCACAUUUGUACACUUUAAAUUUUAGUGGUAUGUGUGAGCAACAUGCUUACUAUGUAGAGAUCUGCUUAUGGUUCAGACCAGUAAACAUUUUCGCAAAUGUUUGUUUUGCUAUCAUUUUUCUUCCUUGUGCCUUCAGAUGUCCUACACCAACAUGCUAUUGAGGAAGAAGAGGCUCUUACAGAACAGCGGGUCUUUAACCAGGAGAGGAACUCUAGUCUGGACCAGGAGGACCCAGAGCCUCCACAGAUUAAAGAGGAACAGGAGGAACUGUGCAGCAAUUCGGAGGGAGAGCAGCUUGGACUGAAGCAGGAGAGUGAUACCUUCAUGAAGACUCCUACUUAUGAGGAAAGUCACCACAGUGAACCAGAACCAAACAGUGAGCAGCUCCUUUCUCACAGCUCUCCUGAAGCAGAGAGCAGAUAUCAUGAAGAAAAUGGGCAUGUGGACUCUGGAUCUACUAGAAAUGCAGAGCUGAAGAAGAGACAUCACAGUCAGAGAGUAGACAACAGUCCUGUGUCAGUGAGUCAAAGUAGAACUGACACAAAGAACAAGUCUGUACAAUGUGACGUGUGUGGAAAAAGUUUACAGAAUAAAUACAAAAUGACUACACAUCUAAGAGUUCACACAGGUGAGAAGCCGUAUUCUUGUAACACCUGUGGGAAAAGAUUUAUUCAGAAAUCGCAUUUGAACUGUCAUGUAAGAAUUCACACAGGUGAGAAACCGUAUCCUUGUAGCAUCUGUGGGGAAAGGUUUGUCCAGAGGAUAAAAUUAAAGAAGCACAUGAGAAUUCAUGCGCGUUCAAAUGUUCACACUAAGAAAAUGCGGGACAGCUGUGAGUCAUCGCUAAACACGUGAGUGAAAAGAUGAUCCAUAUUCAGGCCAUUAUUUUUCUGUCUAGAGCAGUAAAGAACUCUCAGCAUUGUUUGUUCAGUUUAUUUUAUUAAUUGUAUCAGGGAAACUCUGAUCUUAUAUUUCAUGAAGCUUUAAAUUCUGUAUGCUCCUGUUCUGUUGGUUCAUUGUUUAGCUAUGUUGUUUAUUAUUACUGUUUUAUAUCCUAUAUUGGGACAAAUGUCACAAUAAAACACAAUAAAUAAACACAAUAAAAAUGAAAGAAUUGAGCAACAGU